AUGGGACUGGUCAAUGUAAGUUCUCCAGAAGUCUUUGUACUCUUGGGCUUCUCUGCACGACCCUCACUAGAACCUUUCCUCUUCAUCAUUGUCUCAGGGUUUUAUGUGGUGUCUAUCUUGGGCAAUGGCAUCAUCAUUCUGGUUUCCUGCAUGGAUGUGCACCUCCACACUCCUAUGUACUUCUUUCUUGCCAACCUCUCCUUCCUGGACAUUAGCUUUACCACAAGCAUUGUCCCACAACUCCUGGUCAACCUCUGGGGGCCACAGAAAACCAUAAGCUAUGGAGGGUGUGUGGUCCAGUUCUAUAUCUCCCACUGGCUGGGGGCGACUGAAUGCAUCCUCCUGGCAGUCAUGUCCUAUGACCGCUAUGUUGCCAUCUGUAGGCCACUGCAUUACACUGUCAUCAUGCAUCCACAACUUUGCCUUGGCUUGGCCCUUGCCUCGUGGCUUGGGGGUCUGACCACCAGCAUGGUGGGCUCCACACUCACUAUGCUCCUGCCACUCUGUGGGAACAAUUGCAUUGACCACUUCUUCUGUGAGAUGCCCCUCAUUAUGCAACUGGCUUGCGUGGACACCAGCCUCAACGAGGUAGAGAUGUAUGUGGCCAGCUUUAUCUUUGUUGUCUUGCCCCUGGGUCUCAUCCUGGUCUCAUACAGCUACAUCACCGGGGCUGUGAUGAAGAUCGGGUCAGCAGAAGGAUGGAGAAAGACCUUCAACACCUGCUCUUCGCACGUGGCCGUUGUGGCUCUGUUCUAUGGGAGCAUCAUCUUUAUGUAUCUCCAGCCAGCCAAGAGUAACUCUCACGAAAAGGGCAAGUUCAUAGCCCUCUUCUACACUGUUGUCACCCCGAUGCUGAACCCCCUGAUUUACACGCUCAGGAACAAAGAUGUGAAGAAGGCUCUCCGGUGCAUUGUGUUAGAGAACUGCUGUGGCUUUGCAGGGUCAUGGGAACAUAUUUAG